CUCGUUCCCAUGCGCAGAGUUGUAAUGAAAGUUAGCAAUGAUAAUAAGAAUACAGUCAAGAGAAGGAACAAAGCGAAUAGAUGUUUUGCCCUCAGAGACAUGUCGAACUCUUUGGAUGAAAAUUGCUGAAGAGUUUGGACUUAAUGUCAAUCACAGCAAUUGGUCUGUUUGUCGAGAUCGAAACAGCACAGUGCUUUUUCCUUGUACAAAAAAGCCUUUGUCAUCUGCAGGCUUGAGACAUGGAGACAUGGUUUUUAUUGCAUUGCCAGAACAGCGUGCUAUGGACACUAGUAGUUCAUCAACUGAUGCAGAGGCUGGAUCGGUUCAAGGUGUGAAAGAGGAUGAAGUGGAUGUUUUACUUUCAAAGGAAAGUGGAAGAAUUGAAAGAGAGAGAGAUGCUCAGUUAUGUCGUCAUGGCCCACAAGGAAAAUGUGUUCACUGUCUUCCAGUUGAUCCAUUUGAUGAAGAGUACUUGAAAAGUCGAGAUCCACCUAUCAAGUAUCUGUCAUUUCAUUCUUAUUUGAGAAAGCAGCAAAGUGGUGUAGAUAAAGGAAAGUAUGCAUUUCUAGAAAGUGUUUCGUCGACAGGAAAGAUGAGAACUAACAAAUCUGGAGACACAUGGCAGGAGUUACCUAGCACAAUCACUCUCAAGCGACAGGAAUAUCGUCAUGUGGAUAACAUUAUGUUUGAGGACCCUGGAUUGGUAGACAGAUUUAUUGAUUAUUGGAGGCAUGGUGGGAAACAGAGAUUGGGUUUCUUAUAUGGUCGGUAUGAGGUUCAUAGAGAUGUACCACUAGGAAUCAAAGCUGUUGUUGCUGCCAUCUAUGAACCACCUCAGGACACUACAGCUUCAAGCAUUGUGCUUCUAGAAGAUGAACAGGCAGAAAUUGUGAACGAGGUUGCCUCUCACUUAGGCUUACAUCGCAUUGGCUGGAUAUUUACUGAUUUAGAAGCACUGCCAGGGCAACAAGGCAAAGUCAUGUUCAAAAGACAUGGAGACACAUACUUUCUGACUGCAGAGGAAUGCAUUAUGGCUGCUGACUUUCAACUCCAACAUCCGAACGCUUGCAGACACGUUGCUUCAGGAAUAUUUGGUUCAAAGUUUGUGACUGUUGUUAUAACAGGAAAUUCAGAUGAGCAGAUUUCAUUUGAAGGAUAUCAAGUAACCAACCAGGCAAUGACACUGGUGCAAGAAAACUACCUCGUGCCAACUAUUGACGCACCAGAACUUGGUUACAUUCGAGAAUCAGAUGAGGGUCAGUAUGUUCCAGACGUCAUUUAUAAGGAGAAGGAGGCGUACAAAGUGGCGAGGCCUUUGCCAGUGGAGUAUCUCAUAGUUGAUAUGCCAGCUGCGUUUCCUCAGGAUCCUCGGCCCAUGUUCCAAUGUGGAGUCGGAAAACCAUUUCCUGUUGAGAAUCGUACUGAUAUUGGACAGUUGCAAAAUUUUGAUGAGUUUGCUCAGUAUCUAUCGCAUCAGCCGAAAGACCAUUUUGUAUCUACCAUCACUGAUUUUCAUUUGAUUCUCUACCUUUCAACAGCUCCAUCUGUAGAUGUAAUCAGGCCAUAUGUAAAAGAACUGUGUGAGGCAAUUUGCAAUCAUGAUGAUCCAGUCAUAUACCAGUGGAAUGAACGUGAUGCAUGGAAGACAGUUGAAUGUUUGGUCGAACAAUUCAGCAUGACUGGUCGUGGGCCACCUAUAAUAACACCACCACCACAACUUCAAGCCUGGUCUUGUCAUCGGUGCACAUACAUGAACAGAGGAAAUGAAACCAUUUGUCAGAUUUGUGACUCUCCAAGACAAGGAUAACAGCAGAUACUAGGGCAUGGUCAGAACAUAUACAGUUCAUCCAUCUUUGCUAGAAUAUAUCUCUAUGUAGAGAAACCGGUUAACACAGUUAUUGUUUGUCUUUAAAAUGUCUGUGAUGACUGUAAAUCAUGGUUUUUCUCUUAAUUGAACACUCUUUGCAAUUGCAUUGGCCAUUGAUUGAUUAACUUAAGCAACCAUUUUAGGCAGUGUCAUGGUGGUUUGCCAUGCAACAUACUUGAUGUACUACUGCAAAAUGAAUUUGAAUUGUUCUUAAUUAAGGAUGGCAUGUG